AUGCGUCAUCUACAGUGCGUUAUCUUUGGUUGGUGAUUGCAGCAGCCCCAAAUCCAGUAAUUUUCGUCUUUCCUAUUUAUUUACGGUUUCAGAAAUACAUUUUUUAACCCGUGCAGUCCGAUGUAAGAGCUUUUGAGGAUUUUUAUUUUUCCCACUGCUCUUCAGGAAGCAGUGGGAGCAGGAAGACGGCGCUGCUUGUAAAUAUGAAGCAACCAGGAAGUGUCUGACCAUCUCUCGUUUCUGUUAUGAAACUCCUCUGCUCCACCCUGGGGAAAGCGACUUGGAUUUUAACCGUCACUGUUGCCAUCGUUGCAGCGGUGCUUUAUUAUUUCGACGACACUUCUCCAAGCAAAUAUAGCAGCAUGGCUGAGGACACGAAGACCCUGGAAGAGAAGUUCAGGGGUCAGAACAAGAGCUGUUUUAUCCUGGGAGCUUCGGGGGAAACUGGGAAAGUGUUGCUUCAAGAGCUGCUAGAGAGAAACAUUUUCUCCAAAAUAACCCUCAUUGGACGAAGACAGCUGAGCUUUGAAGAUAAAGCGUAUGAAAACCUGAUACAGGAAGUGGUUGAUUUUGAAAAACUCGAUGAUUAUGCUGCUGCUUUCAAGGGCCAUGAUGUGGGCUACUGCUGCCUGGGAACAACCAGAGCAAAAGCAGGGGCUGACGGAUUCGUCAGAGUUGAUCAUGACUACGUUCUGAAAUCUGCAGAGCUCGCCAAGGCUGGAGGCUGCUCACAGUUUCACCUGGAGUCCUCCAGAGGAGCCGAUAAAAAAAGUAGCUUCCUCUACCUCAAAGUCAAGGGCCAAGUUGAAGCUGAAAUUGAGGCUUUGGGUUUUGACAGAUUAGCCAUUUACAGACCAGGGGUUCUGUUAGUCGACAGACAGGAGAGUCGACCCGGAGAGUGGCUCGCCAGGAAGUUCUUCAGCGCCUUCUCUGCCGUUUGCUCCAACUCCAUGUCCAUCUCAAUCCAAGCGGUGGCGAAAGCGAUGGUGUCCAACACUCUGCUGCAGCCGGAGCAGCAGGCAGAGAUCCUGGAGAACAAGGACAUUGCCAGUCUUGGAAAAGUGAAUGGGAAAUAAAUGGGCAUGGAAGGUCAUUGUGGCUGCUGUACAUAUAUGACCACAUUCUGCAAGAGCCUCACCAAGAUAUUUUUGAAGUACUUGAAAACAGAUAUUCUUAUAUUUAUUCCUAAUUCCAUUUAAAGAAUGACUUGUGCAUAAAGUAAAGUUUAUCGUUUUGUGUUGUAUUGUGAUGUUUAAAUCAGGGGAAUAUGCCAAACUGUUUGGGCUUUUCAUUUGUGCUCUAACCACACUAAACCACCGCCUUAAACUGAUUAUGUUGACAUUUUAUGCACAGAAUGUCCAUACAUGUGCUGCAAACAUAUUCAGUAAAUGAUGCUACGUAUUUAAGUGUGUGUUUAAAAAUCAAUAAAAUAUUUUCACAUUUAUAAGCGUU